AUGCCAGGGCCUUGUUGGGAAAUCCAUGAAGCCAAAGUACAUCAAGCGACGUCCGGAGGUAUGCCCGAGCACGACUCAUGUCUCGCUCCACAUGUGGCCAGACUGAAGCUGCAGGGACUGGGGCAAAUGGCUGCGAGGAGCAUUUUCCUGCUUGGUCUGAUUGGCACGUUGAAUGCUGGUGCUUCGAGAGACCUCAUUGAGGAGUUUGAUAUUCGGAGAAAUGAGCAUUGCGACGUGUGCCCUUAUCGGCAUGAUUCGAGCUUCCGAGUCCAGACGUUCGACAGGCUCCGGAGGUCCAGUUGUACCUAUGCAUCAACACGGAGCCGUGUUCGCAGUCGGGCCAUCCUGAGCCAUUUCGGCUUGCGUCGCGUCUUUGUGGUGAGGCUGUCAUUGUGA